AUGGUCGCCCACCUCCCUCCAGUUGUAAAGCAGCUCCUCACUCUUCGCAACCCGAACUCGUUCCCGGGCCCCCCGCUCGCGAAACUGAACGACGUGCUCACUCGCACGUUCAGGGAUGCCCAGCAGAAGAAAGCGGAGAAGGGGUGGCUUACCCUCGCGACUUGCACGCUUUUGACCGCCAACAUCCCCCCUUCCGUUGGCCAUCUCUACCGCUUCGCGACUAGAAAUGACCCGAGCGCUGCAGACACUCGCCGCAGCUACCAGGAAGCACUCAGCAAGGCCGCCAUGAUGCGCGAAGCUGCUAUGAAGAGCUGCAUAUUUGUCGGCGUACCUCGAACCAUCCUUUCCUUUGCGGGCAUGUUCGAAGCCUUCGAAGAGGACGUCAAAAACGGCCUGCGGAAGCAACCCAAUCGGGUUGCGACGCCGGAGAACAUAGAGGCAAUCAAGGCGCGGGGACAAGCUCUGUGGGACACAAUCUACGAGCCGCAUGCAGUGAAGCUCUAUAACAAGUUAGGCGGGUAUCACCCCGAUUUCAUAGUCUUCAUUAUCCAAGCCUAUGGCGCCGUCCUCUCCCCGAUGCCUGGCGGUGAUAUUGAGCAAGGCAAUCUCAGUCGCGCGCUAGGCUCCGUCGUCGGAACUGCGUGCCUGCGUGCCGAGGAACACGUCGGACCUCAGCUCACGAGCCACGUCUUCGGCCUUCUGAAGGCGCGCAACGUGAAGGGCCUGAGCGAAGAAGACUAUUGGCUUGCAACCGACGAGGGUACGGAAUGGGUGAUCCGUACGGUGGACGAGAUCUUGGAUGUCGUGAAGCCGGAGACUUCGUCCGCACCCGGGGCCAAACUGUAG